GCUGUCACAACCUCUAGCAGUGGCCGCAGCUGAAACUCUAACACCAGGUCCAAAGAGCUCACCACAAUGUCAGACGGGUACAUGUGGUUUGAAGGGAUACCUUUCCCUGUCGUGGGUUACACGCUGGAGCAUCUCAAAGCGAUGCGGGAGAAUUUUGUGUUUAAGGAUGAAGAUGUCUUAACAGUGUCUUUCCCCAAAUCAGGAACAAACUGGUUGAUUGAAAUUCUCUGCCUGAUCCACUCCAAGGGAGAUACCACGUGGAUCCAAUCAACGCCCAUUUGGGAACGCUCACCCUGGUUAGAGACCACGCACGGGUAUAAAGUCAUAACAGAUAAAGAAGGCCCACGCCUCAUCACCUCCCACGUCCCCAUCCAAUUCUCCCCCAAGUCUCUCUUCAAGUCCAAGACCAAGGUGAUUUAUCUCAUCAGAAAUCCCAGAGACGUUCUCGUGUCUGGUUAUUUUUUCUGGACUAUUUCCAAUCUUGUUAAGAAACCGGAGUCACUGAAGCAGUAUUUCGAAUGGUUCAUCCAAGGAAAUGUGGCAUUUGGAUCGUGGUUCGACCACGUUCGUGGCUGGAUGUCCAUGAAAGGGAAGGAGAACUUCUUGAUAGUGAGUUACGAAGAGCUAAAGCAGGACACAAGAAGCGCUCUACAGAAGAUCUGCCGCUUCCUGGGCAAGACGUUACAACCGGAGGAAAUGAACUCAGUCCUCCGGAACUCCUCCUUCCAAAUCAUGAAGGAAAACAAGAUGUCCAAUUACACUCUCCUGCCCAAGUGGCUUUUAGAAGGACCACUUAUGCGAAAAGGCAUUGCUGGGGACUGGAAAAAUCACUUCACGGUGACCCAAGCUGAAGUCUUUGAUAAAAUAUUCCAGGAGAAGAUGGCAGAUCUUCCUCGAGAGCUGUUCCCGUGGGAAUAAUGUUCAGAGACCUCUUGGUCUCGCAAAGAUGAAUAUUUGUUCUCCUGCGGUGAAUGACUGGCAGUAGUUGCAUAAAACCUCUUAUUUCACCCCGGAGCCUGACCUUUGACAACUUAAUAGUUAAAAAUUACCAGGGCACCUCUAGUUCACUGCAUGCCAUCCAAGCUUUGAAAAAUAUUCAAUACAUACAGAAUGAUACAAAAAUAACAUAAAUAUUACCAAAGCUAUGCCAAAAUUUUUAGAAAAAUGAGAAAUAAAAUUGCAGAAGCAGCUAAGGCUCCUUUUCUUUCCCUUGCCUGUAUCUUCCGAAUUUUUAUCACUAUGACCUUGCAGUAUAAAAUUCCCAUCCCCACAUUAUUCUCUGACUGUGUGGUAUU